UGUCCCAGUUGUUGAGGCGCCGGGUGACACACGCACACAUACCUCCUCUAGUUUACUUGUUCCUUCAAUCCACUUCCUAAUGGCUGCUGUAGGACGCACCAUCAACUUCUCUAAUGGGAGGUCAAUCCCGAUACUUGGUCUGGGGACAUGGAAAUCUAAGCCAGGAGAGGUGACGGCGGCGGUAAAGGACGCCAUCACAGCUGGCUACCGGCACAUUGACUGUGCUCACGUGUACUGCAAUGAACCUGAGGUGGGAGUUGCCAUCGCUGCUGUCAUCAAGGACGGUACUGUCACCAGGGAUGAACUCUUCAUCACCAGCAAGGUGUGGAAUACUUUCCACGCGAAGUUGUCUGUGCUGCCAGCCCUCAAGACCACCCGGGCAAACCUCGGCUCGAUACCUUGCCCUUACUUUUACACUGCCCAGGGGCUUCAAGGUCAUGUCUUGCCACGCGUCUACCUACCUUUCCUGACCUCUCCUGUACACUGGCCCAUGCCCUUUUUACGUCGGGUACACCCCCCCAUUGCCCCAAAUAAAUUGAUUGAGUUUUGCAAGAGUAAAGACAUCACUGUUACAGCCUACAGUCCUCUUGGGUCCCCAGAUAGGCCGUGGGCAAAGCCAGGUGACCCAGUACUGACGGAGGAGCCUAAGGUCAAGACUCUCGCCCAGAAGUACAAGAAGUCACCAGCACAGAUUCUCAUCCGUUUCCAGAUUGACCGAGGGUUGAUUGUGAUUCCAAAAUCUGUAACCAAGUCUCGCAUCGAAGAGAACUUUCAGAUCUGGGACUUCCAGUUGUCGUCAGAGGACAUAAAACUCUUAGAGAGUCUGGAGUGCAAUGGACGCGUCUGUGCCGUUGCUGAGACCAGUGAUCACCCGUACUACCCAUUCCACGAUGAGUACUGAUGACCCACGAAGAAAGCUCACAGCUUAAGCUGGUUUCCUGUGUCAGUUAUCAGUUAUCUUCCGAUAAUCAUCGGCGAUCACUUUGGAAACAUUUUCAGAGUACAAUAGCGUUACUGAAAAAUGACUCUCAGAAGUCUAGAACUUACCGUGAAUAUUAUUCGAAUGAUUUCGAACGCAAUCAGAAAUCUGGUGCACAGGUAACGAGCACUGUCUAGAGCACUGUGUAUGGUAUACACUCUUCAUGUGAGUAUAAAUAUAAUAUGUACUGUCUU